AUGACUGAAGACGUUGAAUCACGAAUCGACGAGGAUCAAGUUAUUGAACUUUCUGAAGUCAAUAACAUCACUUACGAUGAUCCACACGAAUGGCCAAAAAGGAAAAAGUAUUUUGUUCUUUCAGUAAUAUCGGUCACUGGAAUGAUAGCUCCUUUAACAAGCGCGAUAUUUUUUCCUGUGUUACAAGUAAUAAAAGAAGCAUUUCAUACAACCGACAUGACUGUAAAUUCAUUAGUGGCGGUAUUUGUCCUGACCAUGGGAAUCUGCCCACUCGGUUGGGCUGCAUAUUCGGACAAGCGCGGAACAAGACGCAAUGUUUACCUUUUGUCAUUGACAAUGUUUGUUUGUGCAUCGAUAUUAUGCGCUGUGUCGCCAAACAUCUGGCUACUUAUUAUUAUGAGAGCAUUGCAAGCGUGUGGAUCAUCGGCAGUAAUGAGUGUUGGUGCCGGAACGCUAAGUGACAUGUACAAAGUUGAAGAACGCGGAACCGCAUACGGUUUUUUAUUCUUUGGAGUAUUGUUUGGUCCACUUCUGGGCCCACUUCUUGGUGGAUAUAUUGAUAAAUUUUUUGGAUGGAGGUGGAUUUUGUGGUUCCUUGCCAUAUUUGGAACCAUUUUAUUCGUUCUCAUAUGGUUUUUACCAGAAACAUACAGAGAUACAUGCAAGCUGGAAAAAUUAAACAAACGACAAGAACGCGAAAAAAAUAGUGAUAGUAAAAUGGAGGAUAAUAAUAGCAAACAACCAGUGACUUGUAUCAUUGAACCCACUAAUACUGAUGAAAUAGGAAAACUGAACGACCGUAAUAAGGAAAGAAAAAGCCAAAUUAGUGUUGAUAUUUCCCUUGUUAUAUCUACUGUAUCUACAGAUUCUAUGGCUUCAUCAUCUCCAAUAUCACCUAGUACUACCCUUACCGUUUCACCCCCCACAUCUCUUAUUACCCUUGUUUCUUCAAAUCCAACUUCCCCUACCACUUCCUUUAAUUCAAUGUUACCAAUUGAUGCUUCUCCUUCUUCAAUUUCAUCUGUGCCUCAAAUUGAGAAUGGUUCCAACAAGUUUAUAUCUUUCUUACUUCUUCCACUGUCUCCUCUUCUACUUCUCCGCUACCCAAACUUACUGUUAAUUAUAACAAAUAAUUGCACCGUUUUUGCAAUGUUGUAUACGCAGAGCACGCUCGUAUCAGCAACAUUUCAAAAUCGUCAUUAUUUCCUUUCACCCUCUGCAACUGGGCUUGUACUUAUGUCUCGCGCAGCUGGGUACAUGGUUGGAGGUGUAUUGGGAGGAAGAUAUGCAGAUAUAGUACUGGCAAAAGGGAAGAAGAAGAACAAAGGAGAGCUGUAUGCAGAGAUGAGACUAAAUAGUGCGUGGUUUGGUAUCAUCAUCUUACCAUUAUCGUUCACCGCCUAUGGCUGGUGUGUAGAAAAUGAGGUGUUUAUUGUAUGGCCUUUGAUUUCUAUGUUUUUUGGAGGAUUGGGCAUUCUUUUAUGUCAUACCUGCACCUCAACAUACUUGGUCGAUGCAUUUCCUGGACAGUCAGCGUCAGUAAUUUCGGUGUACACGUGUAUCCGAUAUAUAGCUGCUGCUUUAAUGUCUCUCCUGGCUGCUUCAAUGGAAAAUGCGCUUGGUGAUGGAUGGACGUUUACGACGCUAGCGUUUCUCAAUAUUAUUGGAGCCAGUGCGUUGGUACUUACUUAUUACAAGGGUAGAAAAUGGAGAGAAGAUUUAGAAAGAUAG